AUGUUUGUUGACGCAUUGUAUUUUGAGCAGUUUCCACUCCACAGCAGUUUUGGGGUGGAGUUCCGACCAAUUGUCGACAACGACCUGAUGUUCGAGCACCCCAGGGAGGCCAUCAUUGCCGGGAGGUACCAUAAGGUCCCCUUCUACACUGGAGUUGUUGAGAAUGAAUUCACUUAUUUUAUAAACGACAUGUCAAGAGCCGACCAUAUAGACAACCUUCACCUCAAUAUCGAAUUGUUUCUCAAUCAUUCUUUCAACUGCAAAUCCAACAAAAGACACUCAAUAGUUAAGAUCGUCAAAUAUAAUUACAUCGAUUGGGUUGAAACUGAAAAAACCAACAAGUAUGUCUAUUAUUGGUUCUUCAGGCAUCCAAACAGCUGUCACAUGUUCGAGUUGAACUACUUAUUCGGCGUACCCUUCGGAAAUGAGCCGGUCGACGAGUACCGAGAGAAUAAAAACUGGAACGAGAGUACAAUUGAAGAUAGGAUGCUGUCUGAAAAGAUUAUUAAACUAUGGGUGUCCAUUGCCGGGACUAGCAAACCAGGUCCAAUUGACGGCCUAAUCUGGCCUGAGUACAACACAAGUACCCAGCACUACAUUACAAUCUCCGCUGAGCCAACAUCGAUAAACCAACACUUCCAACUAAAAACCAACAACUUUUGGAACGUCUACCUACCGGAGAUGUUCCAAGACAUCUGUGAGAAUUCACUUUACGAAGGAGUUAGCAACCGGACUAGUUCAUUUUUCGAUUUCUCCAUCGCGAAUCCACAGAACACUGUCGAGGAUAACUGCAAAAAUGGUAGGAGUGAUGGCGGAUGUGACGGAAGAAGUGGUAAUGGUAGGUCUGCUCUGGUGUUAUGUUACGUAGCUCUUCCGUGUUUGGUUCUUCUAUCUAUCAUAUUAGCGUUUGUAGUUCUCAAGUUCAAGAGGAAAAACGCUAAGUUGAUACGUACAAUCAAACACUUUCCUACCAGCAGAGCUGUAUGA